UAUUUCAAAGUCAUUGUAAACAAAGCAUUGUUUUUAUUAUUAAUUUAAUUCAAUAUUAAUAUCUAUUUUCAUCUGUUUUUCUUUUGGAUCAAAUAUUAGAGACAAUUCUUAUGUUUGGCACGACUUGUGUCCAAAAAUCAGCGCUUAAGACAUCGUUGUCCUCACUGUUUGUGUUAUCAUUGAUUAAAUCCAUAAACUAUCACUCAAUGGCCUUCAAUGAAGUCAAACAGCGAUACCUUACGAUGUCGACGGAAGAGAAGAGAAAACAAUACAAAUGCGGUGACAAUUACAAGACAUUGUUGGAUACAAUCAGUUGGACCCUCUACUCAAAGACCAAACAUAUUAACAAACAGUUUUCAUCUUCCGAUUACGUCUUCAACAGAGAGUUUAACGAUAAGAUCGCAAUAUUUAGCGGUGAUAUUACAGCUCUUGAAGUGGACGCCAUUGUCAACGCAGCCAACAAACAUCUUAAAGGAGGCGGAGGAGUUGACGGCGCCAUUCAUUCGGCCGCCGGUUUCAACUUACUUCAGGCCGAAUGUAAAACAUUGAACGGAUGUGAGACCGGGAACAGCAAAAUAACCGGAGGAUACAAAUUGCCCGCAAAAUAUGUCAUUCAUACUGUUGGUCCCGUCGGUGAAAAGCCAACACUGCUUCAGUCAUGUUAUAAGACAUCACUCGAUCUAAUGGCUGAAAAUAAACUUAAAUCGAUUGCUUUUCCAUGUAUUUCGACGGGAAUUUACGGCUAUCCUAACGAAGAGGCGGCCAAUGUUGCACUCAAUACUGCCAGACAAUGGUUGGACACUAAUCCUUACGCUAAAGAAAUUGAAAGAAUUAUAUUUUGUUUAUUUCUUCCGAUUGAUAUCGAUAUAUACACUAAAUUAUUGCCAAUUUAUUUUCCAAUUCAGUAAACAUUUUUUUGAAUUUUGCAGCUUAUUUGAUGUUUUUUAUAUAUU